AUGUCCAGCCCCACAGAUCAACACAGCUUCCCCUGGAGUCUGGUGGCCGCGGAGCGUAGGCCAUACAUCAGGCAGAAACUGAACUUUGCCAAGAACAGGGGGGAAACCAGCACAGCGGGCGCCCACCCUGCGGCGCGUCCUCCGACCUCUGAGCCCACCCUGCUGCGCGUCCUCCGACCUCUGAGCGCCCGGGGGAAGGAGGGAGGCCCACACUGCCAGCAGGACCAAGCAAAGACCUCAGCCGACACGGGGACACAGAAGCUACCCCUGCGCAGCGCCUCCCAGUGCUCCAUUCUGCUCUGCCCCCUCCUCCAGAGCGCCGGCGGCGGCGGCGCAGGUCCCCAGGAGCACCGCUGCAGAGGGACAGGGAGGGGGAGGAAGGCCACAGCAUACCCGCCCCAACAUGGAAAUCCCUGGCUGGCUGGGGGUUGGGACCGGAGCCCCCAUGAGAGUCGCAGGGUCAUCCCACUGGCAAAAGGAGCACGGAGGGGAAAGGACUGCGCUGAUGCGCUGACUCAGUCCAGACCACCCAGAAGUCCCCCCAGAGGGUCUGGUGUCAGAUGGCAGGGAUUGUGGCAGCGCUCUAAAGUCACGUCUGUGGUGCUGACCGGGAAGGAGGUGCGGAGGAAGAGAGACAAGACCACGGACAGCAGACGGUCCCGAGAGCAGGUCCCUGGGCCCCCGGGCCUCUCGGACCAGCACCAGCCACCCACCGCCCGCUGCUCGUUUCUAUGGCAACCGGGCAAUGCUGCGCACAGACGUCCUCCCCGGGUGGACGGCAGGGGACGCCCUCUUUCUGCACCGCGGCGCGGUGACCCAGGCGCACGCGCACCUCGCGUCUUUCCGCGGCCAGCACCGGUUGGCCGGGUCCUGUCCGUCAGCCUCCCUGCAGGAUGCGCACUACCCCAGCUCUGGCUUUCACGCCUCAUCUCGCGCUGCUUCUCAAGACCUUCUGCUCCACGCAGCCCCGUGACACACCCAGGAGGAGCGGUGGCAGGAGACGGACGAGGACAGGAGACAGACAGAGGACAGGAGACGGACAGAGGACAGAAGACGGACAGAGGACAGGAGACCAGGGUAUAAGGCUGAAUCCAGUCACCGGGACCCUUCCUCUGCUGCCCACGGCCUUGUACUCUGCAGCUGAGAGCACUGGCCGCUGGCACACUAAGGACAGAGGGGACCGAGCUGGAGCACAGACCUCCCACUGCGGGGACACGGGAAUGUGCCGCUGCUUACGGCUCAAGACUCUUUCCUUCCCCCAUAUGCGUCCCCACCCCCACCCCACCUCCUUGUCCUUGACCUCCCUGGUGACCCGUUAGGCAGAGCCUCCUACGCCGUGUAGGCGCGGUCUACCGCGCGCACGCGCCUGUGCCUGCAGCUGCUCCCAGCACACACUCAGAGGCAGAGGCACUCUCGGUUCCUGGUUCCUCCCAUGGUCGGUGGGUCCCCAGUCUCCUCUGCUGAAAUUCCUGUCGAAGCCCUGAUUCGUGGCACAAGCUCCUGAAAUCCCCGGCACUUCUCCCCAUAGAGGGAGAAUAAAACAGAAGCCAAAAUCUGCUUUGAUAAACAAACAAACAGAAAGUCUGGUUUUUUAUUUGUUUGGUUGUUGUUUUUUUCUGAUUGCGGUACUGGGCACUGACCCAGGGCCUCACACAUAGACACUAAUGCUCUAACACUAGGCAGAUCCCCAGCCCUCUUUGUUUGAAAAAAAAAAAUCUCCUUGUUGGGCUAGAAAGAACUUGGGUUAAGAGCACUGGCUGCUCUUGCAGAGGACCUGAGUUCAGGU